UCAUUCGGAGGGUGUGACUUGUUGGCUCUUUUUCCCGCCUGUAUAAAACGACAAGUUCGCUUAAAAGAAAAUACAGAUGGAGAAGUCUAGCCGGUUCGCUGUGACACAGAGAGUCCCCUUAAGCUUACGUGACAACUCUCAUACUGUCCCUUUGUGACCAGUUUAUCGGCAGAAUGCCCGGUCUAUGCGUGCUUUGUCUCACUGCGGUGCUCGCUGCAUUCACCCGGUUCGCGGAGACCGUGGGACCGGUGGUCCGAUGCGAGCCGUGUGACGCCGGGGCUCUUAUGGAGUGCAAGCCGCUGCCAAAAGGCUGCGCAGAGAGGGUGCGGGAGCCCGGCUGCGGGUGCUGUCUAUCGUGCGCCCUUGCUGAGGGUCAGGCGUGUGGAGUGUACACCGGACGCUGUGGCUCCGGGCUGAUUUGUCAGUUCCAACCCGGGGAGCCCCGACCACUGCAAGCCUUGCUAGAGGGACGGGGAGCGUGCUCCAGCGCCGCGGCCAAAAAACUCAACACCUUUCUGCUCCCCGCUCAGAAACAAGAGAACACAAGCGGGGAGCAUUCCGGGGCGGGGGAUGAACCGCGUGCCAAUGGCACCAUGACGACGACCAAGACAGUGGCAGGGGGCGCGGUAGGUGUGGAAGGUGGAGGUGGUGGACAUCGGGGGGCGAUAGAGGCCAAACCGCCGCUGCACACCAAGCUAGACGUGAUCAUCAAGAAGGAGCAGAAUAAGAAGAGCCAGAGCUACAAGGUGGAGUCAGUGUCUGGGGGAGUCAACUCCGACAUGCACAACUUCUCCCUGGAUAACAAGAGGGAGACUGAGUAU